CUCCGAGGCCGGGCGGCGCCAGGAGCCCUGCGAGGAGGCGGCAGGAGGGGCCGGCACCGACGGAUUGAGCGGCGGUCACAGCUGCAGCAGGACUGCGGGUCGGCGGCUCUGGGCCGCGCGCCGGGAACCUCACGGGGUGGGCGGGCGCGGCGCCCCCUGCCUGGCCACCUGCGCCCGGGGGAGGCGGCCCGCGCGCGACGGGACCAGCAGCAUGAGCAGCGGCUACAGCAGCCUGGAGGAGGACUCCGAGGACUUCUUCUUCACCGCCAGGACCUCCUUCUUCAGGAGAGCGCCCCAGGGCAAGCCCCGCGCGGGCCAGCAAGAUGUGGAGAAAGAGAAGGAAACGCACAAUUAUCUCAGCAAAGAAGAAAUCAAAGAGAAAGUGCACAACUACAAUUUAGCAGUCACAGACAAGCUGAAGAUGACCUUGAAUUCAAAUGGGAUUUACACUGGCUUCAUUAAAGUGCAGAUGGAACUCUGCAAACCUCCGCAGACUUGUCUGGACUCCGGGAAGCCGGCGCCCAGCAGCAAUGGCUGUAUGAACACGCUCCACAUCAGCAGCACGAACACCGUUGGGGAAGUGAUCGAGGCCCUGCUCAAAAAGUUCCUGGUGACCGAGAGCCCUGCCAAGUUUGCACUUUACAAGCGCUGUCACAGGGAGGAUCAAGUCUACGCCUGCAAGCUCUCCGACCGGGAACAUCCACUCUACCUGCGGUUGGUAGCGGGGCCCAGAACAGACACACUUAGUUUUGUUCUCCGUGAACAUGAAAUUGGAGAGUGGGAAGCCUUCAGCCUUCCAGAACUGCAGAAUUUCUUGCGUAUCUUGGACAAGGAAGAAGACGAGCAGCUGCAGAACCUGAAGAAGCGCUACGCCGCCUACAGGCAGAGGCUGGAAGAAGCCCUCGGGGAGGUGUGGAAGCCCGACUAAGGGCUCCGGCCGCUCUGGGCGGCCCAGGGACCGCGGACACACCAGCUGCGAGCCUCUCUUCCCAGAGGGCUUUUCUUGUGAUGCGAGGCUCUUCCCCCUUUAUCUCUAGAUUUAGUUCCCCUACCUGGGCACGCGGCCUCUGGGAGGGACUGUGCAGGCUCGUGGUCACAGCGCUGCGGCCUUGCCUCCGGGCAAGCUGUGAAUCGGGAGCGGCUACAGUGCUUUGAAGCAUGGACUCUGGGUUUUUGUUUUCUCAUUUUCUUCUAGUUAUUUUAAUUUUGCGAGGAUGAGGUUAAGCUUAAGGAUGCGCACAUGAUUUUUUUCAAAGCUUAACAAGGAAUUUGAAUACUUGUGUUAUGUUGAAACUACCUGUUUUUUUUAAAAAAAUAUAUCAGAGGGAACAGCCUUGUGAAUUGAAAGGCACAGGAAGCUAGGAACUCUGAGGACUUUGUGAAGGAUUUUGGAGGAGCUUGACAUUUCAAGAAGGCAAAGAGCAAGUUUGGAAGAAGGCGUGAGUGGAGGUUGGGGGAGCGCUGAGGGAGGGCGGUUUGGGUGACGAGUAGCUGGUGGAGAAGAGAAGGUGUAUUUGUGAAGGAGUUAAACGCAUUCAGUUUUGAGGUAUUGAGCCCAUUGUAGGAUUGCUCGAUUUCUUGGUGAGUAAAAUUGGGAACAGAGCCAGAGAGAGUGGGAGCUAGACCAAAAACAGGGGCUUGUGAGUGCAGGCGUGGGAAGGGCAGCUUUCAGGCGGGGGCCUCACAGAGCCGGGCGGGGCCUGCAGCCCCUGGUGCACCACCCGGUUCCGCCUUCCUCCAGUGGGAGGUCGGUUGGUGCAGGUUUUCUGGGCGAGUGGAGCAGGGACUGUUUGCUGCCUCCUGUUAAGUUAUAGCUCUUUCCUGAGAUUGUUUUCAAAGCCGAAAAGGAGUCUGGGUAGGGGUACUUGUUUCUCCCUGAGUGUCAGCCAGGGGAUUUGUCAGGUAAAGAGCUCAUGGCACACGCUUGUGACAAUCUCUCCCUCCGUUUCCCUUGUUCCUUCACCUCCCCUCUCCCUCUGUCUUCUUUUCCGUCUCCCUUACUCUUAGAAGUUGGAGCGUGUUCCCGCAGAGCAGAGACCAGGGGUGUGGAUGAAAGACCUCACUCAGUCAGGUCCUGAGUUCCAGAGGAGGGCAGAAAGAUGGGGAGGAAAGUCCACCCCCCGCACUGACCGCAGGGGGGGCUCUCUAUGGGAACAUUUUAACAAAAGUGCAUGUUCCCACCAACCAAAGAAAUGCAUGUGCAAUAGAAGCCUUCCUUACAGCAGGUUAAAUAAAUUCAUUUUGUGCAGUAAUUAAUCUGAAAACAGUGGGAAGGGGGUGCUGUGGUUCUGGAGGGGGAUUUAGUCUUUUUUUUUUUUUUUGUCUAGGUUUUUUGUUUAUAAAUUCCCAAGGAAUUGUUAAUGCUUUGGUGACACCUAAUGGAUUCUUUGUGAAAUUCCAAGGUGCUUCAGUUCUUUGCCUUUUAAAUGAACUGUGCCUUUUAUUGCAUUUUCGUUUCCCUCCUGGGGGCUCUUCUCAGGGUCAGGGAACGCCCACCGUGGUGGAGGCAGAUGUGUCGGUGCUGCUCUGUCUGCCGCACGCUACUGAGACAAUCAUAUCUUUCCUAAGCUUUUAAAGAAAGUUGGAAAAAAAGGAAAGUAGAACUACCUAUAAAAUAUGUAUGGCACCUCUUGUUUAAUUUUGCAUGUGACUUCUUGUUAGUCCAUUGGUGAGGUUUUAGUGUCAUUGUCACCCAACACACUGUUAUUCAGGGAAUAAUGGCUUUAUGGUUUCCACCCUGGUUUACUCUUCAGACCGUAGCCUGGGUUUGAGUAUAGUGUUAUCAGCCACCUGGCCUUAAAUUGCCAUGCCCAUCCCAGCAAGCUUAUAUUUUGUGAAGCAUUUCUUUCUCAGAUUAAGAUAAGACACUGUUAGAACCUAAUGUAGUAGCUGGUGGGUAUCUGUGAAUUUUUUUUUUUAACUUGAAGUAGCUUGUCUGAAAUCGGCAUCCUCACCGUGCCAUCCAGAAGCCUGUUAACUGUCGUGUGUGCUACAAGCUUCAAUUCGGAAGACUUCCUGUGUCCAGGUCCUGUCAGCUCGUGGUGGAAGAUGAUGCUGUCUCCCAAACACUGGUCACUGCAAUGACGUUAUUAAUGUAUGAAAGAAGAAGGGCCCCCGAGGCCACGGACGUUUAAAAAUCAUUAUGCAAAUUCUUAUGUUAAAUUAAACUAAGCUUUGCUGUGAUACUGUUUUCUCUUCACUAUGUGAUGGUACAGGAAUGAUGUUAAAUGAAGGGGUAAGUAUUGCAGGGGAGCAUCUUAAAUUGCAGGCGUAAAAAGUUAUAAUAUUUAUAAUUGUGAUGAGUUUAAGUUUAUUUUUAUAGGGAAGAUUUUUCAUCCCUAAAACUGUUUUUGGAAUGGCAGUUCAUUUCCAUUAUUAAAAGUUGAUGUUGUUA